AUGGCGGAUAACCAAAGCGAAAUAAGCUCUGCAGACUCUGCUGAAGCUCAGAAUCAACUACAGAAUGAGCAAUCAGAACACCUCUCAGACUCACCAUGGGCCAAAUUUACCGCGGAACAACUUAUGGAAAACUGUCCAUACACAGUUGCACUCAAGGUCAUCAAUACAGCUCUCUGGGGUGUACCCGCACCGGCGGACGCAAAUGAGACACACGCAACAACGUGGGUCGCUAAAGCUAUCCACGACUACAAUGUGUCAAUGGCCUGGGACGAUGACCUCUUCAUUGACUACAAAUGGGACUUUGAAGGAUGGACGAAGGAGCUAUUUAGCAAGGUUGAGCGUGGUACACUAAGGUCUCUUAAGAGUGUGCUACGACACCGGGGAGUAUACACUGGCAACAAUCACGCCAGGGUGGCGGACUCUCUCUACAACAUUCUAGGUAUAGAGAAUACUCUUGAAUGGGAACCAGCAGAGUUUCGAGCCAUGAAAUUCGACCAACAGUCCGAAGCGUACCAGCGCCAGCAGAGCAAUAAACGCCAACAGGACACUCAGCACACAGUCUAUCCAGCUGUACAACAACCACCGCAAGUACAACAACCGCCGCAAUUACAACAACCGCCGCAAUUACAACAGCCACCGCAAGUACCACAGCCGUCGCAAUUACAACGACCGUCGCAGGGCGAGCAACAAGAGCAGUAUAGAUUCUCUAAGCUAUGGGACAAUAGCAACAAGUAUACAGGGAAUGCGUACGAUCUCCUAGACGAUAAGAUCAAGAUCUUCUUCAGCAUCUGCUGGCAGGUAGAUAUCCAAGAAGAGCAGUUUCACGCAGUGUUUCCCCGUAUCCUUACCGGGCGUGCAGAGACAUUCUACAUACAGGUUGUAGAGAGAGAUGACAGCUUUGCUGAUGCGUACAUGGCAAUCAAAAACCACUUCGACCAUGACGUCCAUCACCAGCACUACUACACAGACUGGACGACUACAACCUUCGCUCGCACCCGCACAGAGAACCCCGACAAGGGACUACACGAGGUUCUGCAGAUCCUGCUUGACAAGCUGCAGCUAUGCCAGCGUGCCCUUGGCAAGAACUUUGAGGGCGAGGAUGCCCUACGUACCACUGUCAUCAAUGCCUGCCGAGGAGUACCAGAGCUUGAGAUGGCACUGUUCAAACCAGCCACAAUCUGUGAAGGACUCUUCUCAGACCUACGUUCUGCAGUUGAGACACACCUUGCACGGCAACACACUGCCCAGAUGGUCACAGAGGACCAAUAUUACUUAGAUCGCCGAUACAACGGCAAUAGAAGAAUCCGAGGUGGAUCUCGAGGUGGAGGAGGAUUCAGAGGCGGAUCCAGAGGAGCAUAUCGAGGAGGCGAGCAGCGCGACGACAACGGACGAGGAUUCAAGCCACGCUGGAGGAAGAAAUGCUUUGUUUGCCAGAAGGAAGGAUGCUGGUCUACCAACCACACAGACGAAGAGCGCAAGGCUGCCCGUACACAGUUCUUCUCUACGCUAUACUUUACAGGUACACAGCCCCCCAAGGACUUCUCCGUACAUCUUGCAGAAUACGAAGGGAUCGAGCACACUAGCCAGUACAAUCAGAGAGGCUGGAGAGAGGAGGAAGACUGCGAGGAUGACGACGAUGACGACGUCGCGGAAGCAUACCUUGAACAGCAGUUUUUCACGGAGCAAUGCCUUGCAGAUCAGGCGUUCUUGCACCACAUCUCUGGCGACGACGUAUACCGCCAAGACGCGCCAUCAGCGCCAGCGUCACAGUUCCUGCUUGAAGACCGCUACACAAGAUCUGUGUACCAAGGGAUCCUACCGGAUACAGGCGCUGCCAACGUAUCCACAGUUGGCAAGGAGCAGUACCUUGCACUCACAAGGGAAGAUCCUACAGUUAGGAUGGAUACGUCUACAGCAGGAAAGGCAUCUAUCAAAUUCGGCAAGGGCGAGGCUACAUCAUCUAUUGGCACUGCACAGGUCUCUACAGACAUUGGGACGAUCAACUUUGAGGUGCUUGACGCACCUACACCAUUCUUAUUGUGCCUUGCAGACAUGGACAGGUUAAAGGUCUACUUUAACAACACCACAGAUGAGCUAGUCCAGGGUGACGUACACAUCCCUGUAAUUCGCAAAUGGGGACAUCCUUGGUUCCAUCUGAACAAAAGAGAGAGAGCAACUGUGUUCCUGACAGAGACAGAGUUGCGACGGCUCCAUCGACGAUUUGGACACCCAGCUGUCACGCGACUUGUUAAGCUCUUAAAGGAUGCUGGCCAUAACGACUUCGAAGAAAGAACCCUAGAAGAAGUCACUAAGUUCUGCCACCACUGCCAGCUCCACAGCUCCGCACCGCGCCGAUUCAAAUUCACUCUCAAGGAUGAUCACCACUUCAACUAUGAGAUCCUGGUGGAUGUGAUGUACCUGAGCAACAAACCUGUACUGCAUGUGGUCGAUUCCUCAACAGCGUUUCAAGGCGCGAGGUUCCUUAGCGCUAUCUCAGCUAAAGAAACAUGGCAAGCACUGCGGAUACUAUGGAUCGACACGUAUCAAGGACCACCAGACAUUAUCACGCAUGACGCAGGCACUAACUUUGCAAGCACAGAGUUCCGCGCAGAAGCAAAGAUCAUGGGAGUCACAUGCAAGCAAGUACCUACGGAGGCGCACUGGUCUAUCGGCAAAACUGAGAGGUACCAUGCACCUCUACGCCGCGCAUGGGACAUACUCUAUGCAGAACUCACUGACACUAUGUCCGACGACGCGAUUCUCCAGAUGGCUGUGAAGGCUGUCAACGAUACUGCUGGCCCCGAUGGACUAGUCCCGACGCUACUGGUCUUUGGAGCGUACCCACGAAUGACUGCAGAGUCACCGCCAUCCCCGUCAAUGGUCAAGCGCAGCGAGGCUAUUCAAAAGGCGACGAAAGCCCUACGCAAGAUCACGGCAGAGCACCAAGUUGCAGACGCCUUGAACACCCGCAAUGGACCAGCCACUGCAGACAUGCUCGCGCUCCCACUCCAGAGCGAAGUCUUAGUAUGGAGAGAGAGUGAUGGCUGGAAUGGCCCGUACAAGAUCGCCAGUACAGAUGGCCACAACGUCACUGUUGACAUGGUCAAUGGUCCAACGACAUUCAGAUCCACUGUCGUCAAGCCAUACUACAGACCGGACCACCUUUGGAGCGACCCCGAUGCGCCACACGCGCCGAAUGAGCCGCAUGAGCCGGUAGCAGUACCACCGGCAGUGCAACCACGCAGGAGAGGCCGCCCUCCAGGGUCAAAGAACAAGCGGAAGGCGCACGCGUACAUCACCAAGAAGGAGCAGGACGAUCUUGAGCUAGCUAUCAAGCUACGAAACGAUGGAGUGAUCACAACCUCAGGCGCCCCCUUUGAAGCGUCUGAUGACCAAGAGAUCAGCGACCUCCGAUGUAGCCAGCGCCUGAUUAUGUCGCUGGCGCCCGAGAUGGUACAACGCGGAAUGAACAUCGAGCUCCACGAGGACAUCAAGGCACUCAACAAACGCCUGAAAUGGCAGAUGGAGAAUCUUGAUCGUGGCCUGCGCUACGUCACUGUCAAUCUUAUGGAGGCCAAGUUGAUGGUCUUUGUGGAUGGCUCCUUUGCCAACAACAAGGACCUCAGCUCACAGCUAGGCUUUGUCCUUAUGCUCGUCAACGAGUCUAUUGACGUCAACACCUUCACAAUACAGGGCAACGUGAUCCACUACAGCUCUACAAAAUGCAAGCGCAUCACACGGAGCGUACUGGCCUCAGAGAUCUACGGCAUGGUCAACGGCUUUGACAUAGGCAUUGCAGUUGCAACCACGCUGAGGAUAGUUACAGAACGACUUAGACUACCUGCAAUUCCCUUGGUUAUCUGUACAGACUCGUACUCCUUGUACGAGUGCCUAGUAAAGCUUGGGACGACGAAGGAAAAGCGUCUCAUGAUCGACAUCAUGGCGCUGCGCCAAUCAUAUGAGCGUCGCGAGAUCACGGAGAUCCGCUGGAUCAAUGGUGAAGACAAUCCUGCAGACGCCUUCACCAAGGCAUCGCCAAACCGCGCUCUUGAACGCUUUAUUGACGGCAAUAAGCUGACAGUCCGAGUAGAGGGAUGGGUGCAGAGGCCGACAAGCUUUGAUGGUUGA